AGAUUGAUACAUCGAAUUAUAUGUAAAUACGGAAUUUGUAAUUUUAUAAAAUGGAUAUGAAAAAAACUAUUGCACUUGAAAACAAGGAAACAAGCGAUGAUAUACUUUUGAAAGAUAGACCAACUGAGAUUGAGAGUUACUGUGUACGUUGUCAUGAGAAAGGACUAACAAAACUUCUAUGUACCAAUAUUCCUUAUUUUGGGGACGUUAUACUAAUGGCUUUUUCAUGUCCAUGCGGUUUUGAAAAUAAUGAGAUUAUGCCUGGAGGUUCCUUGCAAAAAUUUGGUGUCCGGUUUACUUUAACUGAAGUUAAUCUUUCGGAUUUAAAUAGGCAAGUCGCCAAGAGUCAGUAUGCCUCUAUACAAAUUCCAGAGCUCGAGUUUGAAAUACCACCAGGCACUGGUAAACUAAGCACUAUAGAAGGAUUUCUUCAGGAAGCCAUCUACGGUUUACAAUAUGACCAGCCAGCCAGAAGGGAGAAGUGUCAGGAGGAGGCUGAUAAAAUUGACAUCUUUAUUGAAAAAUUGAAGGAACUGGCCAACGGGAAAGACUUUAUGUUUAUACUAGACGAUCCGUCGGGCAACAGUUUUAUAGAGAAUCCUCACGCCCCUAAUGCAGAUCCUAAACUAACUCUUGAGAAGUAUCCUCAAACUAAAGUGCAAAUCGAGGCAAUGGGAUACCAGUACGAAUUGGAAGAAACGCACGCCAGCGAAACGGAUGUGGAGGAUAUAUAUGAGCUGUCUAGCCUCUGCAGCAACUGCCGAGCGAAUGUCAAAAUCAACGUCCAGAGAGUGGAUAUCCCCCAUUUCAAAGAAGUCAUCCUCAUGGCCAUGAGCUGCGACCAGUGCGGUUAUCGCUCCACUGAAGUAAAGGCCGGGGGCAUCAUUGCUGAGCACGGCAUAAAGUUUAUUCUCAAGGUGGCUUCUGCUGAGGACCUCAACCGCGACGUUAUUAAGUCGAGCUUUUCUACCGUUUCUGUGCCCGAACUCCAGCUGGAGCGGGCCACCGGCUUCGGAGAGGACAAGUUCACCACCGUCGAGGGGUUACUGGAAGACAUCCGAAACAAACUGCUACAAGAAAAUCCUUUUAUUUACGGCGACGCCGCGCCUUUUGAAACCAAGAAAAAGCUCGACGAGUUUCUGUGCAACCUCGAGCGUCUGCAGAAAGGCGAAAGAAGUUUCACUCUUACGCUGGACGAUCCGACAGGCAACAGUUAUAUACAAAGCAUCAACGAUCCGGAGACGGACUCCCACUUAAGAGUGGAGCGGUACACCAGAACUAAAGAGCAGGACGAAGAUCUAGGGCUGACUUGUAUGAAGACUGAAGACUCCUACACGGAAACAGAUUAAAGUCGAAGUGCGAAUUUGUUUACCAAUAACAAUAAAACAUACGCUUCUCA